UGGUCGAGUUUCCGGUUAAAAGCAGACGCUGCAGUCGUCCUACCUGUGCAGGUAGUUUCUUAGUACGCGUUAGUCAAGUCUUACGUCAACACUGCUUACUUUGGUUUUUUCCAAUUAUUUUUCAUGGAAUUUAUUGUUAAUAAUGUCAUUGGUGUCCGAUGCGAAUCCUGGUAUAGGUGUACCAGCAAGUAUUGUAAAAAAAAGUAUAAACUUAGAUGUUUUGGAAAAGAUUGAAAAUGAUUUGGACAUUGAAGAUAUAGUUUCAAUUUUAUUUUUAAUGGUCUGUGAUUAUAAGAAUGCAUUUUCUAAAAUAUAUCAACUUUAUCGUAAAGCUAAGAAAGACGGAACAUGUGUAAUUUCUGAAAUUGUCAAAGACAAUGAAGAAAAUUGGGAGGACAAAUUUUUAGAAUCUAUUUGUGUUUGUAACAAUAGGAAGGUUAUUAAAAAAUUAGGACUAUGUUUGAAAGACUUGGAAACAAGGUAUUUACCAAAAAAUAGAUUUUUUAAGCAAACAUUAAAUCCUAUUGCAAAAUGUUUAUACGUAUUAUGUGAAUCUUUAACUACGGAAGAAACAAAAAUGUUAUUGCGUCUUGUUAAAGAGGAUAAAGUCAAAUAUGAACCAACAUUGGAUGAUGUGGAUCAAUUGGAAUUACAUCUAUUAUAUUGGAUGAAUAUCGAAUAUAUUAGUAUUUUAUCAGAAAAGCGAGGAAAUUUGAAAAAUUUGUUGAAACAUUUGAAGACCUUUGAUGACAUAGAGUUAAUAACUGUAGACUUGGCAAAGUAUGACGAGCAACAUCAUUCGUAUUCAUCGAGCACGGAUACUUCGGAAAAGACAACAUUUUCUAUACAAAAUUUCAAUAAAUCUAAUCUAAUAGAAAUAGAAAAUAAUGACAAGAGUAUACGUCAAAUAAAAAAAGGAUUGUGCGUAAUUAUAAAUGAAAUGUAUUUCCAUGGAUCGCAGUACGAAACUCGUUAUGGAACAAAUGCAGAUUCUGAUAAAUUAUCGAAAACUUUCAAAGGAUUUGGGUUUGCUGUUCAUAUUUUUGAAAAUUUGAAGAAAAACGAAAUGCUUUCAAAAAUCCGAAAUCUAUCGAAAUUAUUUGGCUCCGAUUAUGACUGUAUAUUUGUAUGCAUAUUAAGUCAUGGUUACAAAGGAGGUAUCAUUACGUCGGACGAAGCAGAAGUAUCCAUAGAAAGUAUUGAAAAUGCUUUCUGUUGUUCAGAAUUUACUGAAAUAAUAAAAAUAGUUAUUAUUCAAGCUUGUCAAGGGAAAGCAGUAGGAAAAGUUGCUGUUAACGAGAACUCGUUAGUAACGGAUGGCCUGGAUGAUCUUGUGCCAGCAGAUAUAACGGCGCGCAAAAAUUUUUGCAUCUUUAUGUCGACGUUGCAAGGCUAUGUGUCUAUGCGCGAUAAAUUACGAGGUUCCUGGUUUAUUCAAGAAUUUUGCGAUAUACUCCAACAAAAAGAAAGAAAAGUAACGUUUUUCAAUAGUGUUUUGAAAGUUAUGCAAGUGGUACAAAAUAAGCGUGGAAUUAUGCGUGACGAAUUGGUGUCUCAGUUACCCGAAUUACGCAUGCUUCGUUUGGAUACUGAUUUCGAAUUACCUCAGUACACUGGCCAUUAAAUGACAAAUUUUGAUACACUUUUUUAUCUACGAGAAGCGUUUUUUAAUUUAAUUUAAUAAAAUUUAGUAAUAUUGAAUAAAUGGCGUGAUAUUAGAUCUAAUAAUAUAAUUAGGUAUAGAUUAAUAAAUGUUUCCUCGUAUUAAGCAGAUUUUUAGGAAUAAGGUUUUGCAUCAAACAGAGAUAUAAUAUAUGUAUAGAUAUUAUUAGAUAACAUUUCUAAUGAUUUUGUUGAAUUUCGCAGGCGAAAAUUCUUGGUUUCGCGCGAUUCUCCUGAUUGUCUUUUACGAAUCUAUCAGUAAUUAUUCUAAUGAUAAAGAAAUAUAUUAAUUCGAAACCA